AUGCCUGUCGGCGGCGCGGCGCCUAGAAAAACACCGCGGGUGCAGGUGAAGGAAGAGGACACAUCCGAUGAAGAUAUGCCUCUGAGCAUGUCGCAGGCACCCGAUAACGACUCUGACUCUGAUGUGCCUAUGUCGAGUCAGCAAGCGAUGGAAGUGAAUGGUGAAGACGACGAGGAAGACGCGCCGUUAGCAGGUAGCAAGCGCAAGCGGACGCGCCAAAUUUCUUCCGACAUCGAAGGCGGUGGAGAACAGCGCUGGACGACCCUCAUUCACAAGGGACCCAAGUUCCCUGAACCGUAUACCCCUCUUCCCAGAGAUGUAAUGCUGAAGUACGACGGGAAACCCGUACCGCUGCCACCCGAAUCCGAGGAAGUAGCCAUGUUUUACGCUGUCAAACUCGAGUCCCAGCAUGCUUCAAACCCUAUCUUUAAUCGAAACUUUUUCGAGGACUUCUGUGGGUACCUGAAAAAGUAUCCACCUAAAGACGGCACCAAAAUUCAAAAAUUCGAAAAGCUCGAUUUCCGGGAUAUGUAUAACUACUGGAUGUCGCUCAAGAAUGCCGAAGCGGAACGCAAAAAGAGCAUGGCCCCAUCCAUGCGCAAGGCGGAAUUGGCAGAACGCAAAGCCAUUGAUAACGAGUACAAGCUGUGUUUAGUCGAUGGCUUAGAGCAAAAAGCAGGGAAUGUCACUGUCGAGCCGCCUGGCUUGUUUUUGGGUCGUGGCGCGCAUCCCAAGGCGGGCCGUGUCAAGACGCGCAUAAUGCCUGAGCAAAUUACCAUUAACCACAGCGCAGAUCAUCCUCCGCCCAAACCACCCAAAGGUCACUCAUGGGGUGAAGUGGUAGAGCGUAAAGACGUAACAUGGCUUGCACUGUGGCGCGAGAACAUCAAUGGUGGCUUCAAGUACGUAUUUUUGGAUGCCUCGAGUACGUUCAAGACCGAAUCGGAUCGUGAAAAAUUUGAGAAAGCUCGUCGUCUUGAUACCUGUGUCAAGCAGGUCAGAACUGAUGUGCUGAAAAAUCUAAAAUCAAAAGAUGUGCUCACCAAAAUGAUCGCAACCAUUGUGUGGCUCAUCGACAACUUCUCACUUCGUGCUGGCAAUGAAAAAGGCGAAGACGAGGCAGAGACAUAUGGUGUUUGCUCGUUGCGAUGCGGACAUGCGACACUCCUGCCACCCAACCAACUCAAUUUGUCUUUUUUGGGCAAAGACUCCAUGAAGUUCGACGAAACCCUUACCUUAUCCAAUGCAGAUGUUUAUAAGAACAUUGCAGCGUUCCUGAAAUCGGAUGGUCAUCAACGGAAGGGGCCGGACGACCCCAUUUUUGCCGCUCCAAAAGCACGAGGCGACGCUAUGACACCAUUGCCACCUGAUGUCGUGAAUCAAUUUCUUGGCCGCUACAUGAAGGGCCUGAGCGCCAAGGUGUUCCGUACGUACAAUGCAUCGGCCACAUUCCAGGGGCUGCUGGACGAAACGGAAUCAUGGCUUGCAGCUCGGCCUACGAAACAGGAGCGUGAAAUUACACCGGCCAACCUUCGGAUCGCCUACAACGAAGCGAAUCGACAGGUAGCGAUUCUCUGCAAUCAUCAGAAAACGGUGAAUCAUGCCGUGCUCAACAAGUCCCUGGACCGCACGAAAGACAAGAUCUUUGGCAUUCGAUACGACAUAUACAAAGAGCAACAAAAGUUGCUUACAUUUCACAACGUUGCAGACCUCAAGAGAGACUAUGCGCCCAAAGACUAUGAUUUUGCCAAGCACUGGAAUCUGAUUCUUCAGAAACUUGAUCUGGACGUGAACCACAUCCAGGAGCAUGAGGAACAUUUGAUCGAAGCCAAAAAGGCUCGAAUGGUCACGGCAUUUGAGCGCCAAGAGUCUGAGCGCAAGUACCAGGAAGAGCAGCGCAAGGUUAAGAAAGAAGAGGAAACCGAUGUAAAAAUAUCCAAAAUCGCUUCUCGCGCUGAUUUGGAAGCCGAACUCAAGAAGCUGGACGCACACCUCAAGGUACUGGAACGCGAGCGGACAUCGAACAAGAGCGAGGCCCAUUCUUGCAAUGUGCCAUCGACAGCCCGUCGUAUUCUUGCCAAGUACGAGGCGAUCAAGAAGCAGGAAGCAGAGCUACUGAACAAAAACAAUACGAGUGACGUGUCGCUUGGUACCUCCAAAAUGAACUACAUCGACCCACGCAUUACCGUUGCCUGGCUAAAAAAAUGGGACGCCAAACUCGAAAAAAUUGCGCCACGCAAGCCUGCUAAAAAAGCUUCGGAUACCAACAACAAAAGCAAGAAGGAAGAAGCGUCAUCCGCUGCACCUGACCCCGCUUCCAGCGAGAAGAUGGAGUUGGACUUGAAGCAGAUGAACAUUGGCCAAUUUUUCCCCAUGGCACUUCAAAAGAAGUUUAAAUGGGCCUCCUUCGAUGAUCAUGGUGCGCCUCUUUCAGCUGACUGGACUUUUGUGAAGGAUGCACGCAGCAAAAUGCGCAAAUUGGGUAGUGCAGAACGUAAAUAA